UGUAAUUCAGGCUUUUUCCCUCUGAAAUACCAUUUUCUGUCUGUGCACUAGUAAAUCACAGGGCUUUCCAAAUUUCAUCUGUCUGAGUUCUUGUCAUGAUGACAAUACUGCAGAGUUUUGACAUUUUUUAGGGACUCCAUCUGAGAUGACAGCAACCCCUCAAAUUCAGAAGCACUUCUCUAACUGACAACAUCUCGCAUGAAAUGAAGUUUGUAAAAUUGCAACUUCAGCCUCCAUCAGAGGACCUCAGCUGCCCCAGCGAACAGGGCCUUCUGUACAGGGAAUGUGCUCCUCCUCGAAGCAUAGACAAGAAGCAGCCCUUAGAUCUCAUCAGGAAAUUCUACGGAGAGAAGGUCGGAAUCUACUUUGCUUGGGCUGGGCUAUUACAUUCAGAUGCUCCUCCUGGCAGCUGUCGUGGGGGUGACUUGCUUUCUUGUGACCCAGGUGGCUGUCUCCUUGAACUGAUGAUGCAGCUGACAAUAAUCAUGGGAGGACAGUCCAUCUGGAAUAACAUACAAGAGGUGUUACUUCCAGAAAACUUGAGCCUAUGAAUCUAAACUCAUCUGUGAUGGUCUGCAGCUGGGAGCAAGCAGAUCAGUGUCAGUCCCUUUGCAGCAGUUGGCUGGGAGCCUGCAUGUUCCCUGGAAUGAUAUUUGAAACAUGUCACUCUAGCCGUGCCUUCGCUCUGGACUGGGAGGCGAGUCAGUCAGAAUCUGCAUUAUGGAAUGUAUGAUUCAGAUCCAAAGUUAGGAGAUCUUUUUUAAUAGCCAGAGAAUGUAGUCAUAAAUAUAUCUAUUAAUGUAUUUAUGCAAGAACAAUUUUAAAGUUUUUUUAUUAUA